AUGGUAUCUUCAGAUUUUGAAAAUGAAAAACAACCAGAGGUUGUUCAAGUUCUAACCGAUGAAAAAAAUAUAUCCUUAGAUGACAAAUAUGACUACGAGGACCUUAGAAACUACAGUACAAACUAUGUUGAUGAAUACAAUCCAAAAGGGUUAAGGAGACCAACUCCAGAAGAAUCGAAAACUUUAAGACGGGUCAUUGGUAACAUAAGAUACAGUACAUUUAUGCUUUGCAUUUGUGAAUUUGCCGAACGUGCUUCAUAUUAUUCUACCACCGGUAUUCUUACUAAUUACAUCCAAAGAAGAAUUGAUCCGGACUCACCACAUGGCUGGGGUGCUCCACCACCAGGAAGUCCCGAUGCCUCAGCUGGUGCUUUGGGUAAAGGGUUACAAGCCGCUAGUGCCUUGACCAAUCUUUUAACUUUCUUGGCUUAUGUUUUCCCUUUAAUUGGUGGUUAUUUAGGAGAUAGCACAAUUGGAAGAUGGAAGGCUAUUCAAUGGGGGGUAUUUUUUGGAUUUGUGGGCCAUUUGUUUUUCAUUUUUGCUAGUAUCCCACAAGCAAUUGAAAAUGCUAAUGCCGGGUUGGGAUUAUGUGUUAUUGCAAUUAUAACAUUAUCAGCAGGACUGGGAUUAAUGAAACCUAAUUUAUUGCCUCUUGUUUUGGAUCAAUACCCAGAAGAAAGGGAUAUGGUCAAAGUGUUGCCAACAGGUGAACUGAUCAUCUUGGAUAGAGAAAAAAGUUUGAGUAGAAUCACAAAUGUAUUCUAUCUUGCAAUUAACAUUGGUGCCUUUUUGCAAAUUGCCACUUCGUAUUGUGAAAGAAGAGUUGGGUUCUGGCUUGCAUUCUUCGUGCCUAUGAUAUUGUACAUAAUUGUACCACUUUUCUUAUUUAUUGUUAAACCCAAACUCAAGAUCAAGCCACCACAAGGUCAAGUCAUGACAAAUGUAGUCAAGAUUUUAUCAGUUUUGUUUUCAGGAAAUUUCAUCAAGAGAUUGUGGAAUGGAAAAUUCUGGGAUCACGCAAAACCUUCACAUAUGGAAGCCAGAGGGAUCGUUUACUAUAACACUAAAAAGAAAAGUGCUAUAACAUGGUCUGACCAAUGGAUUUUAGACGUCAAGCAAACCUUUGAUUCAUGCAAAAUCUUUCUUUACUAUAUUAUUUUCAAUUUGGCUGAUAGCGGAUUAGGGUCAGUGGAAACAUCCUUGAUUGGUGCUAUGAAAUUAGACGGAGUCCCGAAUGAUCUUUUCAAUAACUUUAAUCCAUUGACUAUUAUAGUGUUGAUUCCAAUUCUUGAAUACGGACUUUAUCCAUUAUUGAACAAAUUUAAGAUUGACUUUAAACCAAUAUGGAGAAUCUGUUUUGGAUUUGUUGUUUGCUCCUUUUCACAAAUUGCUGGGUUUGUUUUACAAAAACAAGUUUAUGAACAAUCUCCAUGUGGCUACUACGCUACCAACUGUAAAAAUCCAGCACCAAUCACUGCCUGGAAAGCUUCAUCUCUUUUCAUAUUAGCUGCCGCUGGUGAAUGUUGGGCUUAUACCACAGCUUACGAAUUGGCAUAUACUAGAUCACCUCCCGCAUUGAAAAGUGUUGUGUAUGCCUUAUUUUUAGUGAUGUCGGCUUUUUCUGCUGCAUUGAGUCUUGCCAUAACUCCAGCUUUAAAAGAUCCCAACUUACAUUGGGUAUUCCUUGCAAUUGGUCUUGCUGGAUUUCUUUGUGCUAUUGUUAUGUUGGCUCAAUUCUGGAAUUUGGAUAAAUGGAUGGAAAAUGAAACCAAUGAAAGAGAAAGAUUGGAUAGAGAAGAUGAAGAAGAAGCAAACAGAGGAAUACACGAUAUUGAUCAUCCAAUUGAAGCAAUUACAUCUAUAAAGUCGUGA